AUGGUAAUAAUAAGUUAUAAUUACGGUAAUGGUAAUGAUUGUGCUAAUGCUAAUGGUAAUGAUGGUAGUGAUAAUGCAAAAUGUAAAUGGCAAGGGAAUAGUAAUGGUUGUGGUAAUGCUAAUGGUAAUGAUAGUAGGGGUAAACAUAUUGGCAACUGUAAUGGUAAUAGUAAUGGUAAUGAUAAUGAUAAUGAUAAUUGUAUGGGUAAUGACAAUGGCAAUGGUAGUGGUAAUGGAAAAGAUGUUGGCGAUCUACCAGAGUUGCACUCACGGAUCCAAAUAAAUGAAUCCAGAACACGGCGACCUAGUGCCCGAUGUGCAGAUCGUGCUUAUGUUAGAAAAGAACUCUUCGAAGACGACGGAGUUGAUGUCUUACUACCCGACUAUGCCCAGAUACCAAUAAAAAUUUCGCGCAUGAAAGGCGACAUAGCUGAUGGCGUGCCAGCUGAGCUAUUCAAGUACAGCAACGAGGAGCUGACAAGAUACAAUCAUUAA